AUGACUGCAGAUCUACCGAGCUUGAAACACUUGAAGGAAGCGAUUCCUGACUCAUGUUUCGCUCCGUCCCUUUGGACCUCCCUGAGCUACCUUGCGCGCGAUAUCCUCUAUGCCGCAGCUCUGGUCUACGCUACAACUUACAUCCCGCUGCUGGAAAGUGGCUCCCUGCGGUUCUUGGCAUGGUGCAUCUACGGCCUUCUGCAGGGGUUCGUGGGCACCGGCCUAUGGAUCCUCGCCCACGAAUGCGGCCACGGCGCCUUUCUUAUCACGCAUGCGCGCCACCACCGGUACUCGGGGCACAUGGAGAAAGACACUGCGUUCGUUCCACCGACUAGAGCAGAUUAUGCGGCCAAGCGGCGCAGGUGGAUGGACGACCUGGACGAUCUCGUCGAAGACACCCCCCUCAGCACGCUGCUGAGAUUUGCAGCCCACCAGCUGCGGGCAUCGAUUCCCCGUUCGAAUACACAGACUGGCACUCCCCUGCCCCUCUCGCAUCUGUCCCCCAGCAGCCUGCUUUUCCAUCCCAAGCAACGACCAUCCGUGCUACUCUCCGACCUCGGUCUGGCCCUCACCAUCCUCGGUCUGGUGCACCUAGGCUCCAUUCUUGGCCCCUCGCAAGUGAUCCUCCUGUACAUUUUACCCUAUUUCUGGAUCCACCACUGGAUAGUGGCAAUAACCUACCUCCACCACACCCACCCGCAGAUCGCGCACUAUUCCCCCGAGACCUGGUCCUUCACGCGGGGCGCGCUGGGCACCGUCGAUCGCAGCUUCGGGUUCAUCGGGCGGCAUUUCUUCCAUCACAUCAUCGACCACCACGUCAUUCACCAUCUGUUCCCCGGCAUCCCGUUCUACCGGGCUGAGGAGGCGACCCGGGCGGUGAGGCCGCUGCUGGGGGCGGCGUAUAUCGAGUUGCGGGAGGAGGAUUUCUUGGUCACGCUUUGGCGGACGUUUCGGCGGUGUCGGUUUGUCAGUGAUGGGGAUGGUAGGGGGGAGCAAGCUGGUGUUUUUGAGUGGAAUGUGGUUGUGGAUGGGUGUGGGGAGGGGUUCGGGGAGGGGGUUCGUCGGUGA